AUGGUCAUGGAAAUUGAAACUACUAUUGAAGCAACACGAGCGGAACUGAAAAACAUCGCCCUGCACAAAAGUGUCUUCAUGAAGACUGCCUACAUCAUCUAUCCAGGCUCCCAUGCGGUGGACGGCAACCUGAACACCAUGGCCCACACGACCAACGGAGAAAACUGGAUGAUCGUCGAUCUAGCAGAUGAGUACAGGAUCCAUUAUGUCGUCGUGCAUAACCGGGCAGAUGCUUACUUCGAACAGUUGGAUUACUUCAGCGUGGGACUGUUGGCGAGUUAUGAGGAGGGUGAGCCGGAGAAGAACGAGUUGUGCGGCAGGUACCCCUACACGACGCCUGCCGGGGUGGCUGCCCGCCUCAACUGCACCUUAUCAAAAACCAAAUAUCGCUACGUCACUUUGUUUGCCAACGAAGAGAAGGCGACUAUCAGCAUCAUGGAGUUUGAAAUAUACGGCACUAGCAAAACCAACUUCAUGGACCAACACAUCGGUUGUUACAAAACAUUGUCCGGCAGUGAAGUACAUGUUGGAAGUUUUACCUUUGUGUACGAGUGUCAAGAUAUGUGCUCGUCAUACUUGUACAUGGCUAUUCGUAAGGCAGGCGAAUGUUAUUGCGAUGGAAUUGUCGGUCAGGUUUCAACCCUAGCUUCCUGUGAUUUAGAGUGUGCAUUCGACGAUAGCUCGUGCGGUUCCAACGACAAGUUCUCCGUGUAUCUGGCGGCCAAAAAAGACCAAAAGAGUGACACCGGCGUUUCAACCGCCACCAUCGUCGGCAUCAUUAUCAGCAACGUCCUUUUCCUCCUCAUCAUCAUCAUCAUUUCGGCCGUGUGUUACUGCAGACGAAGACGUCGAAAGAGAUCUAACUUGAACACCUCGGUGAUGUUUGGAAGGCCUGAAAAGAGCAGCGCCUGUUCGGAUGAGUUCUACGAACAAAUAGCGGAAGACCCAACAUCGUCAGACUACACGAGCAAGCAGAAUGUUUACGACAGGACGACCAACAAUUGUGUGGCGGCUGAAACGCCAUACACUGGACUGCAAAACAACUCCUACAUUGAUAUACAUUCGUAACGUAAUGUUUAUGAAAUAAUUUUUCCUAUUAAUCAAAUGUAUGUAUUAGUUAUUUUAUUAAUACUCACAUUCACGCACCUUCACGCACUUAUAUGCGUGUAAGUAGGUUAGUAGGUAAGAAGGUCUCUGCCAUCACAACGUUUUUCUUUGUAAACACACAAUGAGUGAUAAACAUUUGCGACUUAUCUGAUUAAUUCAAUCAGAUCUAUUUAAAAAUAAAAGAGCAAUAUAAUUAUUUCUGAAAAGAAGUUGAGUUGAAACUCCGUUAAAUCGAAGGAAACACCAAACAUUAGCAAAUGAACGUUCAAAUACAAUCUGGUUCAUCAUUAUAAAGUCCGUUUUGUUUUAAAUAUGAAUUAAUUAAACGAUGUCUUGUUGGAAAUAAAUAACUUUUGAAGGAUGGGUU